GUAUAAUAUUAAUUUUAAUAGUAUACUAUAUUAAAAUAAAAUAAUAAAUAAUAACUAUUUAUUUUACUCAUAGUUAUUUUAGCAGUUAUUUAAUCACCUUCCCGAUAAUAAUAAUCAAUCAAUAACUAGAAAAUAACAGAGAACAUUCGUAUUAUUCAAUCCAACGAAGUUGGACUGAAAACUAAAUUUUACCUACGUGCGAAUCGUUUGACCUUUUACUUCUGUGAUUUGUUUUAUGAAAAAAUGUCACAUCAGACAGGAAUUAAAGCAAAUGACGUUCUAAGAAAGUUUUUCAGCAAAGCAGCAUCAGACAAGAGUGUUCGGGCCAUUAAAGUGUCAAUUGUAGAUGAAGAACUCUCUCUAUCUGGUCAUGAAAAACAUCACAAAUCAUGGAAAGAUGAUUUUGAAAAAGUUGUCAAACAGUUUAUUCUACAUGAUGUACCAUGUUAUGUAUUAUAUAGAUUUGAUGUAAAAAGUGACACAAAAAAUUAUGAUUGGUUACUUAUAAGUUGGUGUCCCGAUGUAGCUCCUAUUCGACAAAAGAUGUUGUAUGCAUCUACAAAAGCGACACUCAAACAAGAAUUUGGUAGUGCUAAAAUUAAAGAAGAGCUUCAUGGAACUGUCAUGACUGAUGUUACACUUGAUGGUUUGGAACAAAGUCGAUUGUCUCAAAAAGCACCAGUACCCUUAACUAUCCGUGAAGAAGAAAUUGCUGAACUUCGAAAAUCUGAGGUUGGACAUAGUACUUCAGUGUCUAUUGAUAGUCGAUCACAAGCAGUAUCUGGUAUCAAGUUUCCUAUGUCAGUGGCAGCUGUAACAGCACUUUCUAUAUUUGUGGAUAGUAGUGAAAUAAACUAUGUACAGUUUUACAUUGAUAUGGCUAAAGAGAGUAUUGAAUUAGCUACUUCUGGCAAUGUUUCUGUGAGCCUUCUCAAUGACCAAGUUCCUAAAAAUGAUGCUAGGUAUCAUCUUUAUAAGUACCAACAUAAAAGAAAUAGUACCCAAACAAACUCUGUUUUUUUCAUUUACUCAAUGCCAGGAUACUCAUGUCCCAUAAAAGUGAGAAUGUUAUACUCCAGUUGCAAAUCGCCUUUCAUCGAAGAAUUAGAAAACUUAUAUAAAUUAAAAAUUGAUAAAAAAUUGGAAAUAGAUAAUGAUGAUGUUAUCAAUGAGAAAUAUUUAUUAGACGAACUAUACCCAGAAAAAGAAUCUGAUAAACCAAAAUUCAGUAAACCCAAAGCUCCAGGACGAGGUGUUCGAAGAAUUAUAAAGUCUAAUGAAUAAGUAUUAAUUUUAUUAAUUUAUUUAUCUAUUUAUCUAUCUAAUUAAUGUUAUACAACUAAUUAUUUUUUUUCUUUAUCAGAAAUAUCUAUGUUUGGUCUUCCAUUUUAUUUUAUUAAAUUUAAAUACUUAUUUAUA